AUGAGUGAAUUUGAAAUUGAUACCAAAGUACAUGCAGUUGAUAAUUCCAUAUUGAGAAAAGUCAAAGAUAUAACGGCUGGAUUCAUCGGUGGGGCAACUCAAGUCUUAAUUGGUCAACCGGCUGAUCUUGUUAAGAUCAGAUUACAAACUUCGAAUGAAACUUCAUCAAUCUCAAUCAUUAAACAAGUGAUUAAAAAUGAAGGAUUAUUAGCAUUUUAUAAAGGAACUUUACCACCUUUAUUCGGAGUUGGGGUUUGUGUUUCAUUACAAUUUUAUGGAUUCCAUGAGGCAAGAAGACAAUUAUUGAAUUAUAAUCGUAAUAAUGGUGAUAUCAAACAUACUAAUGAAAUCAAUUUAUGGCCUCAAACUUAUAUUGCUGGUGCCGUAGCUGGUAUAGUCAAUACACCUGUAGCUGGUCCUAUUGAACAAUUACGUAUCAUAAGUCAAUCAAAUAAAUCCACGGUCAAAAGUUCAUUAAUCGAUACAGUCAAACUUAUAUAUAAUCAAGAAGGAAUUAAACGAGGUAUAUUCCGUGGUUUCAGUAUCACAUUAAUAAGAGAAAUCCAAGCCUAUGGGGUUUGGUUCUUGACUUAUGAAACAUUAAUUCAACAAAUCAUUGAUUUACAACAUUAUAAAUCAAGAAAUAAUAUAAGUACCCCUGAAUUAUUAGCUAGUGGUGCUUUAGCAGGUAAUGCUUUAUGGUUAUCAUCAUAUCCUAUUGAUGUUAUAAAAUCAAAUAUUCAAAGUGAUAAAUUCGGAUCAGAAAGUAAAUUCCAAGGUUCAAUUUUAAAAGCUACUAAAUUUAUUUAUAAAACUCAUGGUUUAAGAGGAUUCUGGAGAGGUAUUGUACCAUGUUUAUUAAGAGCUAUUCCAUGUAGUGCUGGUACGUUUGCUAGUGUUGAACUUGCAUUAAGAGUAAUGGGAUGA